CGGUUUCCCUUCGCUUGUUAUUCAUCUAGCGUUUGCGGCCAAUGAAGCUAGCAGCCGAGGCUUAGAAAAACAAAUAUUGUAAAUAAAUUCAUUUUCCUCAACAAAUACACCUAAAUUGUGACCAAAAACCUUUAAAGCAUUAAAAUGACUGAAGAGGUUAACCCGAAGGCAUACCCUCUGGCCGAACAGGCCCUCACCAGCAAGAUCAUGACGCUGAUCCAGCAGGCGGUCAACUACAAGCAGCUGCGUCGCGGCGCUAACGAAGCCACCAAGACGCUGAACCGUGGGCUGUCGGAGUUCAUCGUGAUGGCGGCGGAUGCGGAGCCGAUCGAAAUCAUUCUGCAUCUUCCGCUGCUGUGCGAGGACAAGAACGUGCCGUACGUGUUUGUGCGCUCCAAGCAGGCGCUGGGCCGUGCGUGCGGAGUGUCGCGCCCGAUCGUCGCCUGCUCCGUCACGAUCGACGAAGGUUCGCAGCUGAAAUCUCAGAUUGUAUCAAUCCAGCAGGAGAUCGAGCGUUUGCUCGUUUAAGGUUAGGGUCCUUUCGACAAAGUACAAAGGAGAGUGUAUUACCGAACGCAUUUUAUUCGAUUGUGAGGGAAAAUGUAUUCCAAAGUGGAAGGAGAGAGAGCGGAUAAUCUAUGAAACUAAGGAUUUACGGAGAUGAUCCGUAAAACACACACAAAA